AGCAGCUGCUAGCCGCCAGUCUGCUUCUUACAUCCACUGGACUGACGGAGGGCGACGUCGUGAUGGAAAUUGACUCGCUUCAAGAGGCGCUCAGAGAUUUUGAUAAGAAAACAAAGAAGGAAGCAUGUCCUCAUCUGGAGCAGUUUCUCUGUCACAUUGCCAAGACUGGGGAGACCAUGGUUCAAUGGUCUCAAUUUAAGAACUACUUCCUGUUUAAACUGGAGAAGGUGAUGGAUGACUUCAGAGCCUCAGCGCCUGAGCAGAGAGGCCCUGCCAAUCCCAACGUGGAGUCAAUUCCAUUUGAGGAUAUGAAGGAGAGAAUCCUGAAGAUUGUGAAGGGAUACAAUGGGAUCCCAUUUACGAUCCAGCGCUUGUGUGAGUUGCUCACAGAACCAAAGAGGAACUACACAGGAACAGAGAAGUUUCUCCGGGGUGUGGAAAAGAAUGUAAUGGUGGUAAGCUGUGUUCAUCCAAACUCAGAGAAAAAUGGAUGCAAUGCCCUCAACAGAAUGAAUGGAGUGAUGCUUCCUGGGAACACGUCCGCUUUUACAGAGAGGUUGUGUCGGCAACAGAUUCGGAAAGUGAACGGUCCAGGAACUCCACGGCCACUGAACAGGCCGAAGUUAUCUCUGGCCAACUCACUAGCAGCAAACGGCCUGCCAGACAGCACAGACAACAAAGACCUCAACACAGAGCAAGAGGACGACAAAGACUCCAGUGAGGUUUCAGCGUCAGGAGGUUCCCUGGGGAGUUCGGUGAAGAACAAACACGAAGAUGAACAAGAGGACAUGGAAGCCGAGCAGCAAGAGGUGAAGAGACUCAAGUUCAGCGAGGAGGAGGACGAAGACGAGGAGGACGAAGAGGAGGAGCAGGAGGCGGACACACUGAGGCCUUUACACGCCACCUGCCUCUCGAAAGAGGCGGAAGCCGAAGCCAUGGUCCAAGAGGAGGAGGAGGAAGAGGAGGAGAAGAUUGCUCGCAGCAAGGAGAGUGAAGCCUCCAGCAGUGCUGCUGCUGUGGAAGACCAAGAGCCAACCAGCAGCACACAGGGAGAAGUGUGCGCGGGCUCAGGCCAGGAGGCGGAGCAGGAUGAGCGGGAGGUGCCGUGCGGCUCCCAGGAGGAGGCCAGCGACAUGGAUCAGACAGAGCAGCAGGCGCCCACAUGCGUCGUGGAGAGCCCCGAGACCAGCAGGGACAGCGAGGAGAGCAACAGCGACCCAGUGAGCAGCAGCAGCAGCAGUAGCAGCAGCGGUAGCAGCUGUAGCAUAGAGGAGAGCGCGGAAGGGGCCCGAGAAGACGUCGCUCUCGUUCCCUCCAGCAGUACAACCGAACCUCCUACAGAGGGCGCCAUGGAUAGUGCCAUCUUGAACACUGGGACCACUGAGGAGCCCAUGGAGCAGGACUAGACUGAAGGCCACGUGUGACCAUAAACCAGCUUGUCCUUGAAUGCAGCUUGACUGUCACUGGGAGUGAGGACGACUGCACCUCACAAACACAAGACGAACGCCUCGUCCCGCUUUUGGACACUCCUCCAAAAUGGCUACCUGGCAUUGAUGUGGGCAAACAAAUACAUUUUUCAUUUGAAGUUCUUUUUUUUUUUUUUUUUAACUGGAAUAUUUUAUUGGUCUUCUUAUCCUCUGUUUUUAAGUGUCUCUGAAGAGGGGUUGGUUUCAGCAGCCAUGAGUUCCUUGGCUGGAUUUCUUUUUUCUUUUCUUCUUUUUCUUUUUUUUUGUGUGUGUGUUCGUUGGGGUUGUUUGGAUGCUGUGGUGGUCUGGUUCUUUUUUUUGUUACACCACUUGCUUCAUUUAGACAUUAUGACAGGAUUGGUAGUUUUGUACCCUUUAAAGCCCCCCCGUGGUUAUUUGUACCACGCUACCAGGGUCAGAACAGAGCCAUAACAGCCACUCAUUAUUUAUAAAAAAUCCUUCAAGAUACAAACUACCAACAUUAGUUUCUCACUGAAGCACAGGUGCUUGAGCCCGACACCCCAGCACCACCAUGUUGUUACUCCACCCAGUUCCACCAAGCUGUUGAAAACAUGCUUUUGUUUCAAAAAUUCAUUUCUCCAUCCUUUACAAGAUGGGAGACGAUUUCUUUCCAUAGUGCCCUUAUGUUUUUUUAACCAUUUUUUAUUUUUUUUAUUUUGGAAUGAUACACUACCAAUCCCACUGAACUAUACUAUAACUUGCUACCUUGUAGAGGCGUCCUCUGUAAAAUUAUAUAUUUUGGAUGCAUAAAACCACCAUAAUUUAUAUGAUCAUUUCAAUUCAAUUACUUAUUUUGGAGUACAUUUUUUGUUUUUUUCUUUUUCGUCGGCCAUUUGUAGUUUUUUCCUAAACCAGCUGUAAAGUACAAAGACGACUUCCGCUUUUCUUUGUAAUCGUGAUGUCACCAUGUUGUCUCACCAAACCAGAUAUCCAGAGCAGUUUCUGGUUCCAGUUCUGCACCCGUUUCUGCAGCUGUACUUUUUGAUAUUUAGAAUUUUAAAUUUCUGUAAAGUAGAUUUUUGUAGAUUGUAAUACAGUAUGUGUUCACUGCCUUUGUGAAACCAUAUAUAAUUGUAUAAUUUCUGUGUAUAACUCUGAAUGCUUUUGCUUUCAAUGCGGUAUUCAGAAACAGCAAUAAAUGUUAACAUUUUUA